AUGCAACAUAUUUGGAAAAAUCUUGGGAAGGGGCUAUCACCCUACAUCGAUGGUCGAUUUACCCCGACGACGGCAUACCAGACACUCAUCAAUCCUUCCACACGGAAUCCCCUAUGUGAACUAUCAAAUGCUACACUCGAUCAAGUUGAUAAGGCAAUCGUGUGUGCAAAUCGUGCUCAAUAUUCAUGGGAACAAAACCCUCAUUACCGCCGCGAUUGUUUAUUCAAACUGUCUAAUGCACUUGAACGACACACAGAAGAUGUUGCAGCUUUAGAGAGCUUUCAAACAGGAAAACCUUUGAAUGAUGCAAUUUCAGAAGUACAGUCUGUUGUUGAGUGCUUAAGAACGUUUAGUGGGCAAACAAAUAUACCAGGCGAGUCAUUUAUGGACCCAAGUAUGCAUGCCUACACAAUACGAGAGGCAUAUGGAACUGUAGGAUUAGUGACUUCCUUCAAUUAUCCUUUACUUCUGGCCGGUUGGAAACUAGCGCCGGCGCUGGCAGCCGGUAAUUGUGCUAUUGUUAAACCUGCACCCCAGACACCUUUGACUACACUGGCACUUGCAGGAUUGGCUACAGACAUUCUUCCGCCAGGUGUGUUACAGGUUCUUCCAGGUGGUGCAGAUGUGGCCUGUAGAUUAAUGGAACAAGUUGACAAGACCAGCUUCACUGGAUCUACCUUAGUUGGGCAAGCUAUUCAACGAGAAUCUGGAAAUAGACUUACACCCGGGGUUCUUGAAUGUGGAGGAAAUAAUGCAGUGAUUGUACUUAAAGACGCAGACAUAGAGCAAGCCGCAUAUACAAUUAGUCAAGGCGCUUUCUCCAACGCUGGGCAAAAUUGCUGUGCGGUGUCACGUAUAUACGUGCAUAAUGAUGUAUAUAAGACCUUCUUAACUCAUCUAAAAAAAGAAACGAUGAAAUGGAAGGCAAUUACCCCUUUUGAAACCGUUGGACCAAAUCUAUACCCGUAUGGCCCUCUCAUUGAUCAGAUACAAUAUGAGCAUAUAUAUCCGCACACUCAGUAUCCAUAUAAAAACUGGACCAGCCCUUUGAGCCAAUUAGACGGAUUUUACGUCUCGCCUACUGUUUAUACAAAUGUACCGGAUGAUAGUCCACAUGUGGCUCAAGAGAUAUUUGGUCCAGUUGUAAGUGUCUUAGAGCCAUUCACAACCACAGACGAAGCUAUUCACCGAGCAAAUUCAUCAAACUAUGGCUUGGCUUCAGCUGUUUUCUCAAAAAACCACAAAGAAGCCCACAAGGUUGCUGCACGUCUCAAGACUGGCGUAGUAUGGAUCAAUCUCUAUAAUAUUGUACCAGACUUUCUCCCCUUUGGUGGUCGAAACAUGUCUGGAAUUGGCAAGGAGCUUGGGCGAGCCGGUCUGGACGAAUUCACUUUUCUUAAGAGUGUUAUGGUUGAAUUAUAA